UACCACCUCAGCCUCAUGCUCCACCUCCCCUCUAGCUUCGUCUGGCCAAUGAAGCGGUUUGUUUUGGGGUCCGUGAGGGAGGCGUGGCUGCCUGAACGCUCAACCCGGCCUGUUGGGUGCUUUCCCCAAUCCUUUCCUUCCCGCCCCUUCAGUGGGCACGGAGGCAAAGAGGAAGCGGAAGGAGCCCUUGUUUGUCUUCAGUGUGUAAGGAAAGCGUAGGGGUGGGAGUCAUAAGCGAAGGGGGUGGGAAGAUUUGGGUAACGGCAGCAACCUUUGGGCUGCAGGGAUUUGGUAUCCGCGUUGCAACGGUAUAUCCAUGCAUCAGUAGGUCGGAUCGCCUCGGCUCCAUGGUGAGGAGAAAGAAGAGCCCCCCUGGCCCAGAAGACCCACACAAUGGGAUGACAGUGAAGCUGGGCGAAAGCAGCAGCAGCAACACCAGCAGCACCAGCACCACCACCGAGGAAGGCUUGAGAAAGCUGGGCAAGCGAGCAGGCGAAGAAGAAUCCCUGGAAGAAGGGGCAGGUGAAGGGGCAGCCCCCAGCAGCAGCACUGCCAGCACAAAGGAAGAAGAGGCGAUCAUUCAGAGCAACACUAACGGGGCCUCCUUCUCGGCCACCCCCUCCACGUUGCCCCAAGACCCUUCUUCCUCCUCUUCCUCCUCCGGCCAGCCUGCCCACAGCAACGACCAGCAUCACUUUCUUAGGUCCAGCGUCAGACCUCAGAGCAAGAGAUUAAGGAAGGAUUCUCAGGCAUCCUGUGUGGCUGGAGGUGCAGGCAGUAGCAGCAAUACUACAACUGCUGCUGCAAAAGGAAAAGGUUUAGAUAAUGGCGGGACUUCCUCUGGCAAUACAUCAGGAAUCUCUCCCAGCACCCCAGCAGGCAGUUCAAAAUCUACUGCCAGAAACCUGGGCUCCUCAGCAGGAGAAAAGGAAGAAGGCAAGAAGGUUAGGCGUCAGUGGGAAUCAUGGAGCACAGAGGAUAAGAACACCUUCUUCGAGGGCCUUUAUGAGCAUGGAAAAGAUUUUGAAGCAAUUCAAAACAACAUUGCCCUGAAGUAUAAGAAGAAAAGCAAACCAGCAAACAUGGUGAAGAACAAGGAGCAGGUUCGGCACUUCUACUAUCGCACCUGGCACAAGAUUUCCAAAUACAUUGACUUUGAUAAUGUGUUUUCUCAAGGGCUGAAAAAAUCCUCCCUGGAGCUCUAUGGCUUAAUUUGUUAUGGGGAGCUAAGGAAGAAGAUUGGGGGCUGUAUGGAUGACAAAAAUGCAGCUAAACUCAAUGAGCUUAUUCAAGUUGGGGCUACAACUGUGCGCUACAAGGGGAGGAAUCUUCGCAUCAAAGCCCCAAUGUGCAGGGCUUUGAAGAAACUCUGUGAUCCAGACGGCAUUAGUGAUGAGGAGGAUCAGAAGCCAGUGCGUCUUCCACUGAAGGUCCCUGUCGAGUUGCAGCCAAGGAAUAAUCAUGCAUGGGCCCGUGUACAGAGCCUAGCCCAGAAUCCACGUCUCAGGAUGAUUGUAGAGCUGCAUCGUAAGGUGUCCAGUCUCAUUGAGUUCCUGAAACAGAAAUGGGCUCUCCAUGAGGUGCGCAUUCGUAAAACACUAGCAGAAAGGCAGCUACAAGACUCCAGGGAUUCCGAAGCAAGUGGCAACUAUUCAGAGGAGAAGGUGAUGCUCCAUCUCUUCCCUGGAGAGAACUGUACACUUACGCCCCUCCCUGGGGUUGCCAGGGUUGUACACUCCAAAGCGUUCUGUACGGUGCAUUGGCAGGAAUCCGGCCGGUGCAAGCAGAAUACAAAGGACUCUCUCUUGCUACCGCCUGCUCAGAUUCUAGGCAUACAGAGCGGUCAGGGGACGGCUAGAGGGCAGGUGAAAUACCCUCGGGGAACAGAAGGCAAGGGUGGGACCAGGGCAGAGAGCACUACAGACGCAAGUAGAAACACUCAGUCCACAUUUGAUGCAACUGCCAACACUGAAGACUGCCCCUUGGAGGCUGGGCUUACCGAAGGAGCAUCCCCAAGCCUCAGUGUCGCCCAUAGUCUUGAUAAGCCGCUUUCCGGGCUUCAGGACCCGGGUGGGAGUCUUGAGAAGCCAGUUCCCGCAGCCCAGUGUGCUGAGGGUGGGGAGGCAGCAGCCGUUGCAUUGCCAUCCGAGUUACCGCCUGGCAGCGCAAACUGUGACUGUGGUAGCAUCCCCCCUGAUUUGGAGGAGCUGUCUCUGCUUGACCCCUUUCCUCGGUACAUGAAGUCUUGCCAGGACCUCAUCGUCCCAGAGAAGUGUCUUUGCACAGAUAGACUGAAUGGGAAAGAUUUUGCCUCGGCGGGGCGCUGUCCUCCUGGGAGGCUCUUGUCUGGGAGCACAGAGGCUGGUAGCCUCAGUCCCGCGCAGCUGGCGAGAAGUGGGGUGGGGUUGCCCAGCUGCGGCCUGUCCAGAACUGAAACUCAGGCCCUCCACUGCUGCGGACCGCAAGCCGAAACAUGUGCUAAGGAGCUAUCGGAUACAGUAAUGGAGGACUCUCAGGAGAAGCCCAACACCUCACUGCAGCCACCGCCGCCACCUCAGGGACAAUUGGUCACAAAGUCUCUCAAGGAUGACCCAAGCCAUCUUGUGCAACAGGUCAGAGAGGAGGGAUGGAGCCUGCGGACCUCCGAGAGCCUUACCUUGGCUGAAGUCUACCUCAUGAUGGGCAAACCGAACAAGCUGCAGCUAGAGUACGAUUGGCUGUCUGUCUUGGGGCCGGUAACCCAGGACUCUGGGGAGCAGAUGCCUGAACCUAAAUCUGUAUCUCCUUCAGCCACCUGUCACAAACAGAAACUCCUCAACUGCCUUUUAAAACUCAUCUCCACUGAAGUUAACCCCAAACCAACCCCUGAAAUGAAUUCUGUUGCAACAUCUCCUAUAAAGCCCACUCAAGAGGAACAUGCUUUGACCCCUCCUGGCAAGGUGAUUGCCGUCAGCACCAGGAGUCCAGGCUGUGCACGUAAUCAGCCUGCCCUUCACAAGAAAACCUUUUCCCCCACUAUCACUUCCAGUUCCUCAGGUUUGAGAAAUCACUCCACUCCUCUCUUGGUGGCUGGUCCUUCAGGUUCCGGAAGUGCUGAUGCAGAUGGUGGCCUCUUUGCCGUUCCCACAACUCUCCCACCCAACAGCAGGCAUGGGAAGCUCUUCUUGCAAAGCAAAGAAGCAGAGCUAACCUUCCGGCAGCGCUUGGAUACUAUCAGUAUGCAAUCUGAUUUCUUCUUGCCCAAGCCAAGGAAAUUACAUAAUAGACAUCUGCGGAAGCCGCUGGUAGUACAGAGAACAUUGCUUCCCAGGCCAUCUGGAAAUUCCUCCCAACAUGUCUGUUCCUUCUCCAUUUUAUCAAACUCUUCUGUUACAGGAAGAGGAUCUUUUCGGCCAAUCCAGUCUUCACUUACUAAAGCAGCUGUGUCCCGCCCUAUCGUUCCCAAGGUUCUUCCAGCUCAAGCCAGCAAUCAUCUGUCUAGUGCUAUUGACUUAGCAGCCCAAAGUGCCGGUAUUAUCCCUGGCAGUCCUUUGCCUGUUCUGGAUACUGAAGGCUUGUCAGGUGUAUCCCCACUGUCGCCGGAUGCAAUGACCACGGUGGUUGCAGGACAAGAUUCAACAGUGGCGCAUCAGAAUGGAGGCUCCAUUGCUGUGGGCUCAAGCAGUGAGUGUCGGGUUCCGUUCCUUGGUCUACCACCGCGGCCCGAGCAGGAGGCAAUCCAAGAUGGCUUCCAGGGAGCACCGGUCCUUUCUCUACCAGAACUGCCCAAAACCUCUCAGGAUGGUCUCUCCACACCUCCACUUCCCUCUCCUGAUGCUUCUGGUUCCCAUCUCUCUCCUCCCAAUGUCUCUGCGCUGUUGGAUAUAUCUCUUCCUGGCCCCCCUGAGGAUGUCCUCUCUCAAGGAGAGCCUGCUACUCAAAUCAGUGACUCUAUCAUUGAAAUAGCUAUCAGCUCCGGUCAAUAUGGUGAGAAUGUUCCUCUGUCUCCAGCCAAGCUGAAUGGCAAUGACAGCUCCAAAAGUCUUCCAUCCCCCUCCUGCAGCCCCCAGCAGAACUGGAUUGCCUCUCCCAGCCAUGAUCCACAAUGGUACCCCAACGAUUCCACGGACUCUUCCCUCAGCAGCUUAUUUUCAAGCUUCCUUUCCCCAGAAAAGGGGCGGAAAAUGCUGCCAGCCACCACUAGUAACACGAGCAGCACCUCCUUACUGGGACCCAGUCUGCUGGAUGGAAACUCGCGGGACUCUUUUGUGUCUCGGUCCCUAGCAGAUGUUGCUGAGAUAGUAGAUUCCCAGCUGGCUUGCAUGAUGAAUGAGAACAGUAUAGAUUACAUAUCUCGUUUCAACGACCUUGCCCAGGAGCUGUCGAUACCUGAGCCAAACCGCCGAGAGAUCCUCUUUGAUGGAGGAAGUGAUGGCCCUCCCAUUGGUGACCUCUCUCAGUGAAGCACGUUCAUCCAGCUGGCUGGUGGAAACCAUUAAACUGGCUAUGUAACCUGGAGCGGAGUGCCGUUGUAGCUAUGCAUUGGAUAUCUAUGUUCUGGUCAGAGCAUGCCUCAUCAGAAGAUCAGUGUUUGUCUUCAACAGUCUACAGUUCCUGGAAUGUGCAAUAUGCUAGGAACAAUACAACUGGGAGCAGUAUUAUAGGAAAUGACACGUGUAAGCUGGUGACUAGUGGAGUUUACAAGACAGCCCCCGAUCUAUGCCCUGGAACGGUCUGGGCAAGAAAUCCCACAAGCUAUGUUUUUAUACAGUAAACCAAAACCCAUGCUGUGGUAUCCGCAUUUCAGCUGGGUGUGUGUGUGAUAAUGGUAUGUUUCGGUUUUUAAUCCUUUUUAAAUUUUUAAUAUACUCCUCUCAGUCUGUCCAAAUUGGCAUUGUUGACAAAUCCAUCAAGUUUCCUUGCAUUUUCCUGUCAGGCAGCAAUUAAUUCCACAAUGCUUUUACCAGAGUUCUUUUUUUACUUGCUCACAUUCGUCAACAUUCCAUCCUGUGUGUGUCCCUCCUUUAAAGAGAAAAACCUGGGGUAGGAUCUUUUCUUUUUUUUCAUUAUAGAUAGGUGCACGUGUGAGCCUGCACCCAUGCGUGCAUGCACACGGUGUCUCAUCCAGCAUCUCUUUAACUUGCAUCUGUAUAUGUGCUAUUUGGUUUUGGGGACUUUUUUUCGUAGCAAGCACUUCAUCUUGCAAAGAUCACCUUGCCCCCAAGGGCUUGCUUAUUCUGGGUUUCUCUUGAGGACUAGGAACCUUCUUCAAGGAGCUCUAACUACACUCCCAAUUAAAUACUUUUUCCUUGUGGCUUUCCCUGGAAAUGUGCAUAUUUUCCUCACUCCUUUUUAAAUGUUCUCUUGUUUAUCUUAAAGUCCUCCAAGUAGAAAACAUUUUACAAUACCUUUUCCUGUAAUAAUACAAAUGUAAUGUUUUUGCACUGUCCUGCACUGAGGCCAUUCACCUGCAUCACUGGGCAAAAAAUGUCCUGGUUUAGGUAUUUACAUGUUUGGUUCUUGGCAUUCAAUGCCUAGACUCUUUUUUUAAAAAAACCUACUAUUAUUAUUGCAAUCCUCCUUUUCCACUUUUCUUGUAGAACAGAAUAAUUUCUGUCCUUCUCCUGUAAAGUGGAUUGCCACGUGGCAAUCCAAGUUGUUCUUCAACUCCUUCAAGCAAACCUAUAUAAACCUCACUCUUUAUGAAAUGUUAUUUACUUGUGGGUAACAAGAAAUCUUUCAUCAAUGCUAGUAGUACCUCUGCUGUGCAAACAUGCCUUGUUAUCUAGUGAUUUCCCCACCACCACCACCUCGCUGCCUUUUGCUCAAGCAUUAGGUUGGGAAGGUGACUUUGGAAUCUUGCCCACAGUGGUGAGGUGGACUCUCCAGAAUGACUAUCCUUGGCAACUGGGGGCCAAAACCCUCCUGCAAAUCACCAAUGGUUCCUGUAUUUCUGGGACCCAACCCCUUUUUUUAGACUUUUUGUGAUGCACCCCAUCUUCGAGGGCAAUCAAGCAGUUUUUUAGUAUAUCUCUGAACUCUGUAUAUUUGCAGAACUGUGGGUAGGGGUUCUUCUAGGUUUAAAGACAAAUUAAUGUUAUAUUUGUGUACAUUUGUGUGCUUCUCUUGAGUGGCUGAGCAACCUGCCCAUCAGCAAAACAGGAAACUGUCCACAGCUUAAUUUUUUAUAACUAGUCAGUAGGGUAGGUAAACUGAAGUGGGAGAAACUCAGAAUCAUGUCUACUUUUGUGGGAUUAUCAUUUUAGCAUUUCCCUUCCCUGACAUAUUGUUCCUUCUUCGCAGAUAGUCCCUCUUUCAAGUAGUCUGCCAUGAUGCAGAUUUCUAUUUCAGAACAAAAGCCUCCUUGCCAGUCUCUGGUGCUGAUUAUCAUACAUAAUAGUGGUCCUGCAGCUCUGAAGCCCCAUACAGAGCUGUCCCUCUUCUCUUCUACAGACAGACAGAAUAUUUUGUCCAUGCAAUGAGGCAUCCUCAGGAGCAUGUGAAGGCUUUUCUUCAUAGAAGGAAAUUGGGAUGUUUUGUGUAUGGGGCUGGCUUUUGAUGUGCAUUUAUCAAGAUGGCCUAGAUACCGCCAUGCCAAAACAGCUUUGUUCUACCUGUCUGCGUUUUGUUUUGUUUUUGCCAGAGUAUUUUGGACAGAGCCUACUUCCUGGUCACUGUCCUUCCAGCAUUAGCAAUUCUGUCAUCCAUAAAAGGCCUUUGUUCAUAUGAAACCGCUAGUGGAUUGUUCACAUUUAGUGACAAUAAUGUGAUUUCCAUUUCUGUUCUGCUGUUGUGUGUGUGUUUUUGAGAUUAUUUUUAAUUCUAUUUUAUUUUGUCUCUUGCCCCACCAUUCCCAUUCCCAUUCCUUCUUCUAAAAUGAUCGAUUUUGCAGCAAGCUGGUUGAACGCCUUCACCCUAUGCAUGGAUUAUUUACCAGCCUUAUACCUUCAUGGGAUCUGCAAAUUGGAUCUUUAUCCCUUUGUGUGCUGAUGACAAAUUUCCCUUCUCCCAUCAGCUCCCUCAGUCUGAGAGAAGAUAGGAUGUUGUCAUAUCUAUUUUUAUCAAUUAUGAAGUCAGCAGAUUUUGAUAUCCCUUGUUACCUAAAAUUGAAGCAUCAGAAAAGUAAAAAGUAAUCAAGGAGCCCAUAGUCCAAUGCUAAACAGUUCCAUAGUAAGGUCUAUAUAUCAGUUCCUGUUUCUCACAAUGUAUUCUUGUGCAUGCAAGUUAGGACUUCCUUCCAAGAUCUCACCAAUUACCUCCCUCUCCUUUCCUGUUUCUUAAGAUGGGUGUCCAUAGAGAUUACAGACACCCACCAACUGGCCUUUAUCUUGCAUCUAAAAUUAGAUGAACAUUGAAGACUGCGCACUUGAAAUUAAAAACCAAUAAUAAUGUUUUACUUCCAAUCAAUGACAUGACUGCUGUUACUCUUCAAUGAAAUAUUUAGUAAUAUGCUUUUUUUGGAGAUUGCUGGUUUUGAAUUACCUAAGCAUCCAUACAUUUGAAACCAACGUUGAUUCUAUUGCAGCCAAGGGAAAUAAUGACUUCUUGAAUUCAGGAGUCAGUUUGGAAUUGUAAUGUUUCAGCCCCUUUGAACUUGCAACAAACUUUGUUUGUCUCCAAAUACAUUUCUGCAAUCUGCAGGCGCGGCAGCUUCCAAGGUCAAUUGUCCUUUUGCCUUAACUUCACAUUUGCCUGAGGCAUUGAAAGUUGUUUUGUGUGGAGCUGGCUUCCAGUUAUGAAUGUAGUUCUAGAAAAGCUUUAUGCUUCAGUGUUCUUCUGACAUCACAUUGUUGGGUGACAAGUAAAUUGUCUACUUGAGAGUAUAUAUGCGGUGAAGACAACCCUGUCUUGUAGACCAGGAAUGGAGUACCUGUGGCCCUUCUGAUGUUGCUGGGCUCCGACCCCUGUCGUCCCUGACCGUUAGCUAUGGUAGCUGGGACUGGUGGGAGUUGGAGCCCAAGAACGUCUGGACAGCCACAGGUCCGCCAUCCCUGUUGCAGACCCAGAAGAAAAAGCACUGGAAAUCAGUUGGUAAUGCUCCAACCCUCAUUCAGAGUUUAAGUAGAAUGUAAGCUAGAUAAUUUAUUGGACAUAUUCUGAGUGCCGGUAUUGCUUGUGCAUUGCGUUUUGAUUGGCCCGUCACCUCACUCUUCAAAUUAGUAUUUUUAUUUGUAAUCAUUAGCAUGAAAUUUACCAGGAACUUAAUCCACACAGGGCCCAUUGAAAUGAACCAAAAGUUUGGAGGAGCAAAUUCCCUUUAAAUGGCUUCCCAACAACACACAAUAACUUUUUAAAUGCAAAGUUGUUCUAAGCUGGCAUUAUGUAACCUUUUUUUAUUAUUGCUCUCUUUUCUUUUAUGCUUUCCAGCCAGUUUAAACAACUUUGGUCAAAUCAUAUCUGCUAAGAUCGCUUGUCUGUUGACUUGACAGUUGGAUUUUAGCAUUGCAUUUUGGGUUUGGGUUUUUAAACACAGGCACAAACAUUCAUAUACACAAAGCUGUUGGAUGCAUUCGUAAGGAAAAUACUGCACUUUUUCAGUUACCAUGCCCUUUUAAAAAAACUCUUCUCCAGACUUCCCGGUGAUCUGUAAAUGCUAAAUAAGUGAAAAUGUUUGCAAGCACUACAGCGGUAAGUUAUCAUUAGUUGCCAAAAUGUGAUAACUGGCUUUAGAGCUUGUGGAUUUGGCAGCAGACUUUGCUGCUGUUUCUUUUAAUAAUAGUUAAGCCAUAUCAUCUAAAGGUUUUCUGUCUUGUUUUGAGAUGUGAAUUUGUUUUAUAGAUAAUAAAUAUACAUAUAUAGUGUAUGUAUAAAGCAAGAAUGCCUGUCUUUAACUGAUUAUUUUUUGUACCAUAUUGUAAAUUAUAUUAUUUAUUCUUUAUCAAUUUUUGGAAAAAGAAA